CGGGCUCAGGCCGAGCACCAGUGCGGCCUGGUGAGGCGCAGAGAGAGCAAGAACUCUCCUAGUGCUCGCUGUUGUUACGCACUAUGUCCAGUGGAAAACGGAAGGCCCCUGACUCAGGGGAGCCAGCAUGUGUGCUGUGUGGCCGGGUGGAUGUUGACCCAAACAUCUGCGGGCGCACAUUUGCAGACAGUGGAAUUCACGUCCAUGAGUUCUGCUUGACAUUUGCCACCAUCCGUUUUGAAGAAGGAUCCCCGCGAGGGGAAACUGUGCGCCUCCCCCUUGCUUCUAUCAGACGUGCAUGCAAAUAUGCAAACCAGAAGCAAUGCUUUGUUUGUGGCGAGAGGGGGGCUGCCAUCAGCUGCGCAGAGAGCGGUUGUGAACGAAGCUUCCAUCUGCCCUGCGCCAUGGAUGGGGAAUGUGUUACCCAGUUCUAUGGGCCACGCAGGUCCUACUGCUGGGAGCACCGCCCUCAGCAGGCAGGAGAAGCAGUUCCAGCACAGGACAUCAACUGCCUCAUCUGCUUUGAGCCUGUGGGGGACACCUUGUCUUACCACACCAUGGUUUGUCCAGUGUGUAAACAUGCCUGGUUCCACCGGGGCUGUAUCCAGGGACAGGCUAGGUGUGCUGGCAUUAUGUGUUUCCGGUGUCCCAUCUGCAGAGACAAUAAAAAAUUCUGCUAUGAAAUGACCAUCCUGGGGAUACAAAUCACAUCCCAACCACCAUCAUGGGAGGACAAUGAUGCAUAUGCAUCACUGCGAGAGAGGCACAGGCGCUGUGAUGUCAGCAAGUGUCUUAACCCAAGAGGAAGGGAGCAGGCAGAGAGUGUGGGGCCCUGGCAGCUGAUCCUGUGCAACUCCUGUGCUGCUCAAGGCACUCACCGGCGCUGCUCCUCCUUGGAUGACACCACAGACAGCUGGGAGUGCGACAGCUGUGCUGGCCUGGGCACUGCCUCCAGCACAAACAUGGAGCUCGCUGGCCCCAGCACUGCCAGCCAGGAGGGACUGAGGCCAUCCCAUAGCUCCUCAGUGCCUGAGAACAUCAGCUCCGGAUCCACCAGCCAGGCAGCAUUGGGCCCGUCACACGGUUCCCAGCUGCCUGGACACAGUGGCCAUCCCAGUGAGCCCGAGUCGGAGCUCUGCCCACUUCCACAAGAGGAUCAGGAUUCCUCUGGGCAGCGCCGAGGACGCCAAAGGAACAGACGGACACCAGCCCCAGGUGCUGAGAGCAGCUCGCAGGCCUCCACCAGACAGAGGGCGUCGGGGUCUUGCACAGAGUCCCCAGCAGCUGCUCACACUGUGCGUCCCAGGCGGCGGCAGUCUGGCCGGACGCGAAGCCGCUCCCCAUUACACCAUCGGGCCUCAAGUACACAGAGCCGGCCCAGAGAACAACGUGGCAACAGGCAGAUGCCCUCGAGGGAGUCCUCGCUGCCUGAAGACAGGCAACAGCCCAGACAGCAAAGACGGUCCCGCACACGAAGCCGUCUCCCAGUAGGUCGUUAGGCCUCAAAUUCCCACAGCCGGCUCUGAAGAGACCAUCAGCAGGAGCCAUGCCAAACACCGAGACACUUCCGAGUCCAUCUUCGGAACAAACAUCACCACAGCCAGCAUCAAAGAUCUGCGUAGGAGAAGCCGUCGUCCAUUCCCAACUGCUGGCUCUGGUCCCCAGCAGCCAACACCAUAAAGCUGGGUGACCUCAUAUUCAUUUGUCGGCUUCAUUUGUUGCUGCUUUUCCUGAAGUGGGCAGAGGUAGAUACCUCAACCACAGGGUUCCUUCCUCUCCGUUGACUUCCCAGACCUUCCUCCAUGUGGGCCAAUCCAGGCUGUGCUGGGUUGUGGCCCCAUCUGUGGGGGAGACAGAGUGUCCAAAAUCCUCAUGGACAAUUGCUGCUCUGGCAGGGGCAGCCCAGCUCUGGGGUUGUUUCUGGGCUUGGGGGUGCCACCGUGUUCAGGGUACAUGUCAGCCUCGGGGCUGCUUCCAGCUGCCUCAGAGCUUGGGCUUUCCUCCCGCAUGUGAGCAGUGCUGUCAGGUCUGAGGGCUGGUUCUGUGCAGUAUCAGGUCACUCAUAGACACAAGUCUAAAUAAGAUGGCUGCAAAAGUCAGUUUGUUUAGUAAGGUCAGAAACUCCUAAGGUGGAGAUGGAAAAAGGGGAUAAGAACAAAGCCGGGCUGUUAUAAGAAAUCGUGCUUCGUGCUUCGUGGCAAUGAAGUAGGAAAAAGUGCAGGUAGAUUCAGGGAACUCCUGCAGUCCCACUGCACGGUGGAAACGCCGCAUUUCUGAGGUGCUUUGAUUGGAACUGGAAUUGAUGGCAGCCAAACCCCAACGUACAAAGGCUGUUCUCAGGGAGCACCGCUCUCAGCAGUGUGGGUGAGCAGAGUGGGCAAAGUGUGGUCCAGGGCAUGAGGUAUACUGCUCUUGACCUGGUUUAGAUCUCUGAAAUGUUGACAUCAUAGCUGGUUUCCUAAACUGUCUUGAAUUUUGUCUCUUGGUCCUUUGAAUUUAGCUUCUGGAGUUAACACAAAGAUCCUCUAAGUUGUCUAAAGGGAAGCCCAGUGCUCAGCUGAGUUAGGAUCGGCUCUGAUUAUUGAUGAUAACUAGGUAGUGAUUUUCUGAUCCUGUGUUUGAUCCCUGGGAAGGCUGUGCAAAUGUUGUAUUUAGGAACUCAUCUGACACAUGGAUAAUCGAAGCUGAAAGUUGUCAGUUGAUAAAUGAGGUCUUAUUUCCUGAAUGUGUCAUUUAGUAAAUGUGAUUAAAUGAGCAUGC